CAGUCACUGUGAUCAUAUGAUAGAGAGUCGAGCCACACUGUUGAAUACCGACACAUCGGGCAGACAAACAGGAGGCUUUGGCGAGCGGAGAGUCAAAUCCAGAUAAAACCUGCAGAGUGCUUAGAGCCCGUAGGGUAACUCUCCACCGCGUUGGUCGACAGCAGGGGGAAAAAAGAAAAAAAAUCAGCUGCGGAAAAGUAGGCUGCCAAAAAGAGGAACGAUCUGAAACUGAGAAAAGUCGGAUAUAGGGAAACAGUUGGGGGGAGGGCUCGGUCAGCAGAAACACACACGGUGUAUUUUUCUAAGCGCAGCCUAUUGAAGUGUUUUCUGGUUCCGCUCGGCGUUAAAAGUUUUCCUUCUUGACCAAACUUUCGGGGGCGACCAUUAAACUCGACGUAAACGUCGGACGGCGGAUCGAGGCCGGAUCCCGCUGGGUCUAGUGCAUCGCCUGAAAAGAAGACCUUUUCCAGGACGCCAGUUUUCCCACGGCACAUUCCUGUGACGCUGUUGUUGUCGUCGCUGUUGUUGUUGUUUUGUUGUUGUUUUAGCUCUUAAAAGUGUUAUUCUAUAGAGUAGAUCUUGCUCUCUAACGCCAUGGUUGGGGAGACAGAGGUGAAGGACAGACCUAAGUCCAGUCCGGACUAUCUAAUGCAGCUCAUGAACGACCGGAAGGUGAUGAGUUCGCUGCCCAACUUCAGCGGGAUCUUCACGCAUCUGGAGCGGCUACUGGAUGAAGAGAUUGGUAGAGUACGCAAGGACAUGUACAAUGACACACUGAAUGGAGGCGUGUCUGAUGGACGGGAAUGCAAGGAGCUUCCAGAAGCUAUUGGUCCUGUGGCUCAGCUGCAAGAGAAACUCUACGUACCUGUCAAAGAAUACCCAGACUUUAACUUUGUGGGGCGAAUCUUGGGCCCACGUGGACUCACAGCCAAAACACUGGAGGCAGAGACAGGCUGCAAGAUCAUGGUGCGUGGCAAGGGCUCCAUGAGAGACAAGAAAAAGGAGGAGAUGAACAGAGGAAAGCCCAACUGGGAGCACCUCAGCGAGGACCUCCAUGUGCUGAUCACAGUAGAGGACACACAAAACCGCGCACAGAUCAAACUACAGAGGGCCAUUGCGGAAGUCAAGAAACUACUCAUCCCAGCUGCUGAGGGCGAGGACAGUCUGAAAAAGAUGCAGCUGAUGGAGCUGGCCAUUCUCAAUGGAACCUACAGAGAUGCCAAUAUCAAGACACCUACAGUGGCCUUUUCUCUAGCAUCCCCUCAGGCACCUCGGAUUAUCACAGGUCCAUCUCCUGUCCUGCCUCCUACCUUGAGGAAUCCCCCUCCUGUCACCACGCCAACCCUAAUGCCUUUGAUUCGCCAGAUCCAGAGCUCCGCACUCAUGCCGGGAGGCAAUCACCAUCCAGCUUUGAUGCAGCAAGCGCCAGAAUCUGGAAUCAUCUACACGCCCUACGAGUAUCCCUACACACUCACACCUUCCAUACUGGAAUACCCCAUUGACUCAACUGGAGUAUUAGGUAUGGCUUUUCCAACCAAAGGCUAAGUGAUAGCAAAUCCCCUUCAGCACACACAUGGACUGGCUCGCAGAGACCCCUACAUAUAUACUCUAUAUAGCAAACACAAAGAUUGCUCAUACUUAUAUUCCCUGACAGUUGUGAUUUAUCCAUUCCUGCACCCAUUUGAUUUCCUCUCUUAAGUAGCUGACUUGCAGACUACUGUUGUGGUGUGAUAGAGUAACAUAUUUAACAUUUUUUUUUUAGAUAGUCCAGCUUCAGCUUGUAUUUUUAACAUCUCUUAGUUAAUGUCAAUGAGUGAUAAAGCUUUUGUUUGUGAUUAAGUGUUAAACUUGUUUUGAUAAGAGAGGUAUCGAAUGGCCUUGAGCACUGUCAAGGUUGAAUAUGCUAGUGACAAAGUAGUGGUUUGAACUUACAGAUACUUUUAUUACUGAAUGCAAGUAAGGGGAGUGUAGAUGCCCACAGAGAGACUAAAAAUUGUGUCUCUUACAAAUGCGAUGUUUUUUCUUAUUUCAAUCCUUAACCUAAAACACUUUGUAAAAGCCUGGAUUCACUGACAUUGGUGCUAUGGAUUGACUGUGUAAUGAUGAGUAACCUGCUGUGUUCUGUUUUGGAAAUGUCAACGCGCUAUAAGCAGGUGCCAUGACCACUAAGGUACGACGCCACGACAUGAGAAUCCAUCCUUACCAAAGGGUAAUGACCACAGACAGAGGUUAGUUAGCUCCCCAGCCACUCUGUAUCUGCUUGUGAGUGUGUGUGUGUGUGUGUGUGUGUGUGUGUUUGUGUGCACGCGUGCGAGUUUUCCAUGUUGACCAAUAUCACUUUACAUGUAUGCACAAUGUGGCAUGUUUAAAAAAAACAGCUCAAUAUCAGCUAAAAUGUCACACUGAACCAGUCAUAAUGUGAAAUGUGGAGAAAAAAAAUGCAUUUGUCCUAGUGAAAAGUAUAACAACUGGAGAGACCAUGUUAGGGGUGCCGUUGCUGGCGUUAUCUUUGCCCGCCUGUUGGAUAAAGUGGAAUGCUUGUAGGCCGGGGCCCUCUCAAUUAGAAUGGAUCAUUCCAUUCAUGUGACUCAGUCCUUGUGACUGGAGAGUUGAAAUUCUUCAAUAGAAGUUUUGUUGUCUAUCUGCUCCCGACUACUUUUUGACCUUCAAACAAACAGGGAGUUUUAUUUAUAUUCAACUCGUCAUUCCAGUAACUUCUACUCUGUUUUUAUAUUAGAAAUUGUUAUUUUGUGUCCAGUGACUAUAUGACACUUUAAAGUGAUUGUCUUCCUCUGAGGGUCGUUCAAUGAGAUUGUUGGCUUUUUUUUUCUUUUUUUUUUACUACUAAAACACAGCGUGUGAUAACUACUGAAGUCUGUGUUACAAGCUCUUUUGUGUUGUAUACUGUAGUUUGUGGUCUUAUCAGUUGCCCACUGGAGUCUAUCAACCGGGCUGUUUACAACUUUCAUAUAUUUCUUAGCCAGAGUGGUGCUGUUGUCAUGUAUUUAGCUGCAAAAUUGAAUUUGUAUAUAGGGAUUUUAAGGAUUUCAAAGCUUCUCAAAAACGCCGCUUGGAAGUACUUUACAGUAUUUUUAGUUGUUGUUUUUUUUUCCAUUGAUGUUGUUUCUUUUCUUUUUACAUUAUGCUUUUAUAGGAGAAGAGUCUCAAUGUAUCCAUGUAAACUUUUUUUUUCCAAAAGUAUAUAGCUAUUACAAUUUAGUCACGAUGCAAGUGGCGGUGGAAUAUUUUGCUAUCUGUAUUUAUGAUGAGGUGAAACUCUCAUUUCACUGGCCUCGUGACUGUUUUAUGCAAUAGAAGUGAACUAGCUAGCUACAAUGUGUGUGUGUGUGAGCGGUGGUGCUCUUGUUGUACACGAUGAACAAAAAUCACUAAAAGGCAAUAAAGUUGAAUAUUGAAAAAAAAAUAUUUAAAGAAAACCAAAGCCUCUAAAUUCAUUGUAGUUAGAAAAAAAUGUCUAUUGAUAAUUUAUUUCUUAAUUCCGCCUAAAAUCACCAUCUUUUAACCUCUCAUUGCUGUCUCUUACAAGGGGCCUUCUUUGCUUACUGUAGUUCAUAAUCAACAAUCCUUUGCUUAAUCACAACAGUUAAUCAUUAAGAUCUUUGGCCUGCUGUUCAACAGCUCUAAUUGUUACUAAGUCGAAGCGUUUCUGAGGCCCAGAUGCUCUUUUCGGAGAUAAAGGUCACUCUCUCACCCAAACGAAACCAUGAUAUGUGUCCUUCUCUACCCAUGGUUUCACUGUCUGUCUGUGCCAGGCGUAGCCCAGCUAGCAUGACUAGUAUCACUGUAGCAACAGUCACACUGUGAGAGGGGUGUGUAAAAUAUCAUCCUGCAAAACACCUCAGGAAAACAUAUGAGCAUCUGCAUCCAGCCAUUCUUUGUAUCAACCUUCGCCCGUUGAUGCGGGUCUUUAUGAAUGGUAUGCAGUGAUCAUAAGGGUGUUUUAUACGUCCCCUACGUCUUACCCCUCACAUUCUGUGACUGCAGUAGAUCUGCCAUGUUGUCAUCCUGACGCCACUAGCUGACACUAAUCUCUCUUCUAUCUUUUUUCUUUUUAUGUCCCCUUUUUGUUUUCCUUCGUUUUUUUCCACGUCUG